UAAGGAGUUGUACGUGAAAUAUGUUGGAAAAAGUUUAUUGUUAAAAGCAACACAGAAAAAAAACCGAAGAAAAGAAAAAGAACCCACUGUGGAUGUGUGUGAGCCGUUACAUUUUCUAUCGAAAAAAAUAUAUAAAAAAGCAAAUGUUUCCAUACAUUUUAGUAUAUUCCGAUCUACGUUUUCUGUUUCAAGUUUUUAAGUGAUUUGGAGAAUAUUUUCUUAUUUUUUUUUUUGUAAACGAAGGUGGUAUACACGGGAUAUAUGUGAACUUAUAUGAAAUUAAAAUAUUACUUUCUGUUGGAAGCAGGCAAGCAAAAAAAGAAACAAAAAAAAUUCUUUAAAAUGAUGAUAAGCAACAACCUAAAUGGAAAAUAAGUGUUGAGUGAUUAUUUAUUGUUUCAGUGAAAAUCGAUUCAGAAAAAAUAUAAAUUUUGUGUGUUUGCCAUGUGGUUCGCAUGAACCCAUCAUUGCAUAAGUUCUGUUCUCUUUUUUUUUGAUAAAUCUAACUGUAAAUGUCGAUUGUGUUGGAAUAUGAAUUGAUUGCAAAACGACUUCUCUGCGUAAAAUCCCCACUCAGCAAGUUGAAAGGAAAUCUCAUGAAAAUUUCAACAAUAACACCAACAACAACAAAUAAUUAUGAGACGACUACGAUAAAGGGAUAGUGAAAUAAACUGAUAGUUACGAAAAGUAGAAGACGAAAAAUAAAAAUGAUUGACAUAGUAAAGCGAGUGACGCCGUCAAAAGACCCACCCAUCACAUCAACGGAUGAACAAACUAUUUCGAAUAAAAAACCAAGAAAUGAGCGCUCAUCACACGCACGACGCAAAGACAAAUCUAUUCCAAAACCAAAUUUAACGGAAAUGACAACCAACAAACGAACGCAAUGUUCGAACAAAGAUAAACAAGCGAACUGUUUACAUUCGGAAAAUUAUUGGUCCGACGAAUGUAUGGACGGAUUGAGCUGUAGUUUUAAAUCAAAUCACAAAUCAACAGAUAAAUCGUCGUUCGACUCGGACACAUUUUAUCGAUCGACUUAUCGGACAUCAAAGCAUCAACAAGAAAAUCGAAUAUCACAAAGUUCAAACAAUCAAAAAAGUGCUUUAGCGCAAUGUAAAUCCAAUAAUACCAUUUCAAGUUAUAGUAAUAAGUGUACAAAUAGAAACGAAAGUAAUUUAACUGUAAAAAAUGUUCAAAAUUGCCAAGAAUUAAAUAAACGAUGGAAACGAUGGUCGAUAUCAACAAUUUUGUCGCAGUCAUCGCUUAUGCUACUGUGUGUGUUGAUGCUGAUGCUUGGAGCGAGUGUUGUGGACGCAGUAACCAAAGAUGGAAUUUGCCAAAGUAGAGAUAUACGGAAUAAUCCGUCUGAACUGAAUAGUCUAAAGAAUUGCCGAGUCAUUGAAGGAUUUCUGAUGAUAUCACUGAUUGAUCGCUACAACGAAACGGACUACGAUAACAUUACAUUUCCAAACUUAGUUGAAAUAACCGACUAUCUGUUGCUGUAUCGAGUCCAAGGCCUAAAAACAUUGAUGCAUUUAUUCCCCAAUUUACGGGUCAUACGCGGAAACAAUCUGGUCGGCAACUAUGCGCUGAUAAUUUAUGAAAUGCUUCAGUUGCAGGAAAUCGGACUGAAGGGUUUGACAACUAUCUCUCGCGGUUCCGUACGGAUCGAGAAGAAUCCAUUUCUCUGUUUCGUCGACACAAUAGAUUGGACUUACAUUGCGAACGGAACGACAAUGGAGGAGCACUUCUUCAAUGCCAACAGAAAGCCGAACGAAUGUAAUGUGUGUCCGUCUGGGAAAAGGACUGAUGCCGAUGGGAAUGUUAAAAAUGGCGGCGAGAUCGAAUGUCCAUCAGCGAAACACGAUCAUAAGAAAAGAUUUUGUUGGAAUCGUCAAACUUGUCAGAAAAUUUGUCCAGAUUCGUGUGGUGGAGGUGCCUGUGACGAUAACCUGAAUUGUUGUGACAAAUCAUGUCUGGGAUCUUGUAACUCGGAUGGAACGAACUGCACUUUGUGUAAAAAUCUAUCGGUUGGCCGUAUGACCGCUCUUCAGUGUGUGGACAAGUGUCCCAAUGGCUUGUACCAGUAUGAGGAUCGCAGGUGCAUAACAGAUGUGGAUUGUUGGAAUGUUACGACCCCAUUUACGACGGAACAGGAAAAUAGCAACAACAAAAAUCCCUUCAUUCCGUUCGCGGGCAUGUGUACCAUCAAUUGUCCGGAGCAACAUUCAGCAAUCGAUCUUGACGAUAAUAGUGGAAGACGCUCCUGCAAGCCCUGUGACGGGGUGUGCAAAAAAGAGUGUCACGGAAGCGUCAUAGAGAAUAUCGCAGAAGCUCAAAACUAUCGGGGAUGUAUUAUAAUAACGGGAACGCUAAUUUUACAGAUUCGUCAGGGAGGCAAAAAUGUGGUCAGAGAAUUGGAACUGGCUCUGUCCAACGUCGAAGAAAUCGAAGGCUCAUUAAAAAUUACGCGAUCGUUUGCGCUGGUUUCGUUGAGCUUUUUCAGAAGAUUGAAAGUUAUUCAAGGGAAAAGACUAGCAGACAGUUAUGCGUUGGCCGUGAUGGAUAAUCAGAACCUUCAAAACCUCUUCGAUCAUCCCGUUACAAUCGCAAGGGGCCGAAUAUUCUUCCAUUUCAAUCCAAAGUUGUGUUACAAUGUCAUUGAAGGACUGAAAAACGAUACGAUCGAAUUGAGACAUGUUUCAAGAUUCGCUGUUGAGGAUGUAGCACCCAACUCAAAUGGAGAUAAAGUUGCAUGCAAUCUGGCCACUCUGUCCGCCAAGCCGGUAACUAUGAUGGCAUUUGGUGCGGUUAUAGAAGUGAGAACGAAGCAGUAUGAAGACAGUCGCGUCUUACUGGGCUAUGUUUUGUAUUACAAACAAGCACCCUACCGAAAUGUGACGCUGUUCGAUAAUCGAGACGCUUGUGGCGGUGACGGCUGGCGUGUCGAAGAUACGUCACAAUUCGAUCGAAAGGCCAGUCAUGUGCAAAUCGUUAUAACCAAUCUUAAGCCUUACACACAGUAUGCGUACUACGUCAAAACGUAUACCAUAUCGUCGGAGCCGAGUGGCGGCCAAACGGACAUUCUGUAUUUUACAACAUUACCGUGGCAACCGGAAGCUGUCCAGAAGCUGAAAAUCAUUCCAAAUGGUAGUCGGUCAUUUAUCGUCAAUUGGGAGCCACCGAAGGUGGCAAAUGGUGAACUAACCAAUUACAUUGUCAGAGCUACUUUAGUCAAUGACGAUCCGUUCAUUUUAAGCCAACGAAACUAUUGUGAUGAACCUCUAAAAAUUGACGAAGAAAAAAUAUAUGUGAAACCGGUGGAACAACCGAAACCGGAGAAGGAGAAGGUACCUAAUCCCGCACUACCCACACUACCAAACGAGUGCGUUUGUCCCGAAGAAGAUGAGUAUGAGCCACCACCACUCCAAUCACUAGACAAAAGUGACGAAUUGGAACAAAUUAUCGAUUUCGAAAAUCAAAUCCAAAAUAUCGUCUACGUCAAGCGAAAACUGGUGAUAACUGGUGAAGAACCGAAAAUUCGCCGUCGUCGAACCACCGACGCAGCCAGAAAAUAUUCCAAUCAAACAAUACCCAUGCCACCGGAUGGAGUAGAAGAGGUUUUCCCCACCCGUACAGACGAUAAAGAAAAGCCAGACAACGAACCUAUUGUAUCGAAAAUGGUGGACGAUUAUUAUGUGGAAUUUUACAACAAUGAAACGGCUGCGAACAUUCACACAUUCACGCUGAAUAAUUUGAAACAUUACACAAUGUACCGGAUUUCGGUGCAGGCGUGCCGUAACUUCAACGAUUCAUAUUUUAGCAUCGAUUCGCACUGCAGCAACAUUGUUAUGGGAAGUUUUCGUACGGGAAAGCUCGAGCAUGCAGACGAUAUCCCAUAUUUGGAAAUCAAGAAAUCGCAAAAUUCGAACAAUAGCUCGUCGUCGUCGAGACUCUACUGGCCGGAACCGAAAAGCCCCAACGGACUCAUUCUGUCGUACACCGUCACCUACAAGCGCGUCGAUCUGGACAACGUUAAGGCUACCGAAUAUUGUGUUACGCAUAAAAUGUAUAAGGACCAGCACGGAGAAAUUCCAUUCCUUAAGCUGUCGAAUGGAAACUAUUCCGUUUCGGUGAAGGCAACGUCACUGGCAGGCGACGGUCGUUCUACGCCGGCGAAGACCGUUAUUAUCGAUGAAUCCAAAAUUAGCUCAUCAACCAUUGCAUUCAUCGUAAUCGGUGUGAUCCUGAUAGUCGUUGUAAUCGUUUACGGUUUUUGGUUAUAUUUCCGGCGGAGAUUCGGCUCCCCUGUCUCAGAUUUGAAACUCAUCGCGUCGGUCAAUCCAGAGUAUGUCGGUAUGCAAUAUCAAGUGGACGAAUGGGAGGUACCCCGAGAUAAUGUCAUACAGUUGCGUGAAUUGGGCCAGGGAUCAUUCGGAAUGGUGUACGAAGGAGUAGUGAAGAAUAAGGAUGGCGAAAGUGUGCCUUGCGCAAUUAAAACAGUCAACGAAAAUGCCACGGACCGAGAACGGAUUAAUUUCCUCAAAGAAGCAGGCGUUAUGAAAGCAUUCGAUACACAUCACGUUGUCCGCUUGCUCGGCGUUGUGUCGAUCACGCAACCGACAUUGGUGGUAAUGGAACUAAUGAAAUACGGCGAUUUGAAAGGCUAUCUACGAUCACACCGUGCCGAUGCCGAUGUUGGAGUGACGCCGAUCGCUCAACCACCAACUCUAAAGCGAGUUCUGCAAAUGGCACUGGAAAUCGCCGACGGUAUGGCUUAUUUGGCCGCUAAGAAAUUCGUGCAUCGUGACUUGGCUGCUCGGAAUUGUAUGGUGGCCUAUGAUUUGACGGUUAAAAUUGGCGAUUUCGGUAUGACGCGCGACAUCUACGAAACGGACUAUUAUCGCAAAGGAACGAAAGGUCUAUUACCGGUUCGAUGGAUGGCACCGGAGAGUUUAAAGGACGGAGUUUUUACGUCCAGCAGCGAUGUGUUCAGUUACGGAAUUGUUUUGUGGGAAAUAGCUACUGGUGCCUCACAGCCUUAUCAGGGUCUUUCAAACGAUCAAGUCUUAAGAUACGUUAUCGAUGGUGGCGUUAUGGAGCGACCAGAAAACUGUCCGGAGAAACUUUACAAAUUGAUGUGUCGAACGUGGCAACAUCGGCCCUCGUCUCGACCGACAUUUUUACAAAUCGUCACGAUGUUGCUCGAUGACGCCGACCAGUCGUUCAGGGGUGUUUCAUUUUAUUUUACACACGAAGGACAAGAAUUACUUCUACAACCGCAAAAUCGAGGAUUGGUGAUUGAUGUGACCACACCACUGAAAGCUGAAGAAGAUGAUUUCAGUUUGGAUGACUUACCGGAUGCAUUUUUAAUGUCCGACGUGCAUACAAGCAAAACCGAUGGUGGUGCGUCACACUCGCCGUUAAGGUGAGGGCAACCAUCCUAGAUCGUCCCUUGGCCAAGUCCGCCGAUUCACCAGCAGCAUCCUAGACGUAGCCUCCAACAAAAGCAAUAAAAACAGUCCCAUUUCCACAUCAAUCAUCCCAUCAUCAAUCAAUUCAACAAACACUCAAUCAAUACUGGGCCGCAACGGCGGUCAACUAAAUCGCGGCAUCGAAUUUCUACGCAAUGCAUUCUUCUACAAAAACAAUAGCAGCGGCGGUAAUAAUGCCGACGCCGACUCCACCGAAUAUCGUAAAUUGCAUACCAAAAUUGAACCGAAAAUAUCAACAACCGUCGCCGAUGAACGAAUGAAUAGUGAAAUGACAGUGGUUGGAAUUGAGGACAAUGUGGGUGCGGUGAAAAGACAAAAUUUAUCGAAUGGAUUUGUGGUAAGUGACAAAAGUGAUCUGGAUUGACCGAUGUAGAGAAUGCUUAAACAGAAGAAAGAAAGAAAAUUAUUUUUUAGUCUUUAAUUUUAGAAAAUUGAAAGGAUUUUUUUUUAUUUUUAAAACGUUAAACAUGUCAAACACACACAAACGCACCAUCCCCGUCUGACCCCCCG